GGGCAGUUGCCUCUGCCAUUCGAUUGUCUUUCGCACAAGUUGCAUGUUCUCCUCAGCUUGCCCCAAACGGAACGCAACUAAACGCAUUAUUAUGUUCCCCAAUACCCUUUGAAUUUAUAUUUGUGCACAUUUUAAAUAACUCCAGUACCUCACAGAUACAAAAGCGGUCAUUGUGUACUUGUGUCGAAUUUUUUUUUUUAUCUGCGAUUGAGUGCGGUUCGUUGCGUUUAUGCAAAUAUCGUUUAUUAUUACAGCUAAUCAGUUGUAUACUGUUCCCUAAAGCGAAUGAGUUCCAUGAAACCGCUCAGUACGAGUAUAGUUCUGUUUCAAUUUGGAUUUCGGCAACUCCAAACCAGGCAAAGGCGUGUCAGGCAUGUGUGUGCUCGUGUGCGUUAUUACGGUUAUUUUCCUUUCCUUUUGCUUUCCCUCUACCAAUAAAAAGAUCGAGCUGAGGCCAAAUCAGGAUAAGACACGUGUUUCCAAUCACCUGCCAACGCUACUACCGCCACCGCGAGCCUGACACCAAGGCUGACAUAGGAGCAUACCCAGAGGGCAGCAGGCCAAGAGAAGAUAACCAGCUGGAGGAAACUGUAAGAUGGGCAAGAAAAACUCGAAAUUGAAGCAGGACACCAUCGAUCGCUUGACAACGGACACAUACUUCACCGAAAAGGAAAUUCGUCAAUGGCACAAAGGUUUUUUGAAAGACUGUCCGAACGGUUUGCUGACCGAACAAGGCUUCAUCAAAAUCUAUAAGCAGUUUUUCCCCGAUGGAGACCCCAGUAAAUUUGCUUCUUUGGUAUUUCGGGUAUUCGAUGAGAAUAACGAUGGGGCCAUCGAGUUUGAGGAGUUCAUACGGGCCUUGUCCAUAACAUCACGCGGAAAUUUAGAUGAGAAGCUGCAUUGGGCCUUCCGUCUCUAUGAUGUUGACAACGAUGGUUACAUAACGCGCGAGGAGAUGUACAAUAUUGUGGAUGCCAUCUACCAGAUGGUCGGCCAGCAGCCGCAGACGGAGGACGAGAACACGCCACAGAAGCGGGUGGACAAGAUCUUCGAUCAGAUGGACAAGAACCAUGACGACCGCCUUACUCUCGAAGAGUUCCGAGAGGGAAGUAAAGCUGAUCCACGUAUAGUCCAGGCGUUAAGUUUAGGUGGUGAUUAACCGCAAGAAAUUUAGUUGCCUUGAGAUUUUUUGGGGUGGUCCAGAGUAAGAGUGGAAGCUGAGGCGGAAUCGCAGUGGGGAGCAGUGGAAGGAGCUGAUUCCAAGGAUCAAUGAUUUGAGACAACGAACCCCACGCAAUCCCUCAGAUCCACAGCAAAAACUACAGCAAUGUGUUUGGACCUUGAUUGGAGUCGAUUGAGAAUACUCACACACCCUCAUAUUUUUUACCAAUUUUCCUUCUCCCCUCGCACACACGCACACACAUAAACCCGCCCACCCACACAGUCACUCGAGAAAGAUCCAGAAGAAAUAUUAAAAAAUCUCGACUUUCAACUUAUAGAAUAUGAAUAUUAAUUAACAUGAGAAAGGAUAUAUGAAUAUGUAUAGUAUGGAUAAAUAUUGCAGUCAUCAAAAACCAGAAACUGUUAAGAAAAAACAAAAUUUUAAAAUUUACCAAGGAAAAAACUAGAAACAAAAGAACACCAAUUUAUGUCAAAUGAAACGCUUUUUAAAAAAAUAAUUGAUAUUAAAUACAUAUACAUACGUAAAAAUAAAUAGCGGUUGAGAGCGAGUUCACCCUUCUAUAGAUAAAUAUGUGUGUAUAAAAAUAUGCUCUUAAUCUUAUCCAAGUCAUUUUUAUUGAAAUGCUUGCCAAAAAAAUUCGAAUAACAAAGAAAAAUUCUUCAAAUUGAUUUAGUAAUUUAUCGCAUAAGUAUCGAAAACCAACCGAUGGCUAUCUAAUCGUUAAGAUGGAUCGUAAUUUGAAAAUAAUUAUGAAUCAAAGCGAGAGAGAGAACUCUUUUGACGACAGCUAUUUCUGAUUUACAUGCAAUCAAUACACGCUUCUCAAUAUAUUUAUUAUAUGCUUAUACAUAGUUCUAAAAAUACAAAUACAUACAUAGGCAUAUACUCGACUAUAUGUAACUCAUAUGCUACUGGCCUAGACGCAAUGCAUAUACUCUAAUAUAUGUAUCUCACAUGCUACUGGUCUAGACGCUUGCUCUUUCUCUUGCUCCAGUUUCUUAUAUUUUAUUAUUUUUGUUGUGUUUUCCACAUUUUUGUGGCGCCAGAGCUCAGCAUAGCUAGCUACUAACUGUUGAUAAUCGAAAGUGUUGAUAAUCAAAAAUAAAUACCCACACGCAUACCUAAUUACUCUCUUUUAAACCAAGUACACAAGCUAUAUUAAGAUCUAGAUCAUAUACAUAUAAAAGAUAUUGGAAUAGUCGUACUUUUGCUUCUGCAUGCGGUAUGCCAUAUCUUAAGUGGGUGUGGUUCUGCGUCUGCUCACCAUUCCAGCUUCAUCCAGCUUCCUUUCCACCAUUGCAUCUCAUAUAUGAUCAUUACUAGGUCAGCCACAGCCCCCCACCCCAUAACCAGGGUAGAAACAAAAAUUUUAACAAGAGUAGCUCUCCAUACGUAUUCCCGCAUGCCUAAAAAGAUAAACAAUAUAAACAAUAAACUAAACUAUCGUCUGAAUCAUCGACACUCUAACUGUGUCUUUUUAUAUAUCGCUCCAUUUUUUUAUUUUUGGUCAUUAUUCCAUCUACCGUUGGAGUUAAUUCUGCUUCCCCUUCUGCCUUAAGAUGGGGCCCCUAAUCGCCAUGCUAAAAUAAUUUAUAUUUUAUAUGUGGUUCAGCUCUAGAUCGUAAUAAAAACCACAAAUGUAAAAAAAAUGUACUUUGAUUAAUACUGCAACUUCCCCUAAAUUUAUUAAAUUCUUAUUAUUUCCCUCCUAAAAUUUUCUAUCUAACUAUAGUAUCAUCAGCAUUUAUCUAUGUAAUACUAUUGGCUUGUAGGAAUCUGAUUAAAUUGGAUAAAAACUUCAGAUUUUUUUGUGGAAAUACCAUGACUUUUCUUUGCCAACGAGGUUUCAAAUUUGAACAGUCACUAGACAAUGUCAUCGCAUCUCUAAUUCCGAAUCUGAUUCUGAUGUUUGUUAGUCUACCAGAAUACUUUUGGUUUGCCUGAACCACAGAACUUAUGCACCUAGAUUAGUUGUUAUACAUAAAUAUGUAUAUCAAGAUAAAAACCAAUUUAAUUUACUUAAUACGAGUUUAUGGAAAGAUAUCUUUAUAAAUAUGUAUAUCAAUAUUAACACACAUGCAAACAAACAAAUAUUUAUAACUAUAUACACAAAAACAUAUAUACAUAUAUAUUAGGGUUGCGCUUCUUUACAAAAGUGUAAUAUUCAAAGGUUUCAGGGUCUAAUAAGGUUUCUUUUCGGAUAAAACAAUAAAUUAAACAUUUUUAGUCCGAUUCGAUAACGUCUAGAUGUGCCGACUUGCGAUCAAAGUUUAAAAAUAAAAUAUUUGGCCGAUAGCUAUGGCAGCUAUACUAUA